GCAAUUGAUCUUCAAUACGAUUCGAGCUAAAGAGAGGCAAUGACAUCUUCAGUGGUUGAGGGUGGACAAGAUGAGGGCAAACGCGAGCCCUCUGAUUUGAUCACAGAAAACAUGAAUCUUACGGCUGCAAACCUUUCACUUCCCAGAGAGACAUUCUUGAAAGCCGCAAUUUCUCUCAAAGACAAGGUGGUGGAGGAGACUUGGAAACUGAAAGAAGUGGUUGACCCGACCGUGUACACGGGUCUUCUAGGCACAGCUUUCACUUGCUUGAGGUCGUACCAGGUUACUGGUAGCCAGAAGGAUUUGCUAUUAUGCACGGAGAUCGUCGACACGUGUGCCACUUUUGCACGUGCCUCCCUCAGGCACGUGACUUUUUUGUGUGGUAGAGGAGGCGUUUAUGCGCUUGGUGCUGUGGUUGCUAAUUACAUGGGGGACCUUCAAAAGCGUGACCUGUUUUUGGGUCUCUUCAUUGAGGUGGCUAAAGAGAGAGCCUUACCAGUUGGACCCGAGGAAGGUGGUUUUGGAAUGUCAUAUGAUCUUCUAUAUGGACGAGCUGGAUUCUUAUGGGGUGCAUUAUUUGUAAACAAGUAUAUAGGAGAAGGUGCAGUGCCCUCUGAUAUUCUGAUGCCUAUUAUUGAUGCGGUGUUGGCUGGGGGUAGAGCAGGAGCAUCUGAUAUUAAAGACUGUCCAUUGAUGUAUAGAUGGCAUGGAACUAGGUACUUGGGUGCAGCAAAUGGCCUUGCUGGGAUCCUUCAUGUUCUACUUCAUUUUCCUCUUCCUAGAGAGGAUGCUGAGGAUGUCAAGGGAACUUUGAAAUACCUCAUGAGUAAACGCUUCCCUCAUAGUGGUAACUACCCUUCAAGCGAAGGGAAUCCAAGGGACAAGUUAGUUCAGUGGGGUCAUGGUGCAACUGGCAUGGCUAUCACAUUGUCCAAAGCAGCACAGGUUUUUCCAAGUGACAGAGAACUGAGAGAUGCGGCAAUAGAAGCAGGGGAAGUUGUGUGGAAGAAUGGAUUGGUGAAGAAAGUGGGACUUGCUGAUGGUGUGUCUGGGAAUGCCUACGCUUUUCUUUCCCUCUACCGAUUAACUAAAGAGAGUAUAUAUGAAGAGAGAGCAAGAUCAUUCUCUUGCUUCUUGUGUGAUAAUGCAAGAGCUCUGGUUGUUGAGGAGCAAGCACUUAGUGGUGGCAAUGGCUAUUCUCUUUUCCACGGACUUGCUGGGACAGCAUGCCUCUGGUUUGAUCUGCUUGCACCCGAUAACUCUAGGUUUCCAGGCUAUGAAUUAUAGAGAAGAGAUAAUCCUUAUUAUGUAACGUGAAUACUGGAGAGUAUAUAGUAAAUUAGCCAUGGGGUUCAGCUGCUAUGAAUUUAGAUGAUAUUGACAGUCUUAACUAUUAUAUACUCUUGAAUUUAUCAUAUAGAAAAAUCGCC